AUGGACACUCGCCGGUGCAUAAAUUGCCGUUCAGCUGGCAGGUGUGAAAGUUGCACGGCGGCGACUGUACGGAUCUGCUGUUCGGCGACUAGUGCAGUCGACGAACACGUGUCCAUUGGCUUUGGUGAAUCUCACCUGGCAAUCCGUCGGCAGCUGCAGCCGCAGCGCCCCAGUCGAGUCGAGUCUCCUCUGUCGUUCGCCACGAUCCGCGUCUCAUACCGCUUUCUUCCAAGGACUUGGACUUCGAGCGACUUCACAAUCCGCCGCCGACCGUAUCCGACCGCAUCGACCGUAUCCGACCCUCAUUCGGUCGAGUGCGAUGCUGGCUUCGAUGAGGCGAGGAGAAACGAGGUAGUCACGUGGCCUCGCGAACGUCGUUCGAAACUGUCGGCUGGCCAAUGGCCUCAGCGUCUCUCGAACAGACUGUCUUCAACAGUGGCUGGCACCGCCGAACGUCCGGAGCAGCCGCGUUUCACGUGA